UUCAUUCAUGUUGUCAUUCCAUAAAAUGUCUAAAAAUGAUGUUCGAUAAGUCUCCUAGGGGUAACAGAUGCCUCAAAUUCUUUAUGAAAACUAGUUUUGCAUUAGUCUGAAUGUAAUUACGAUAUUUUUAAUGGGCUAUCAGACUUGAUCUCUCAUUACCAGCCACAUUGAACUCCACCUAAUAAGUAACACCUUCACAGAAGAGGCAUUUGCAUUGAUUUCUAUACGUUGUAGAGAUAAGCAAAUAAAGUUUCAGGCAAACUUCACGCUCAGCUUUUGUAGCAUGAAUUUCUGCCAAACUAACUCAGAAUAUUUCUUGAAUGAGCUAGCUUUUCUGCCAACAUUAAUCGCUUCAACUAAGUGAAGAACUUAUAUAAACAAUUUCACCUUUUCCAACAAUAUUCAGUCCAAUCCACAUGGCCAACCAUAAGCAUUUUUCUGCAGUACUCAUCGUACUGAAAGCCAUGAUCGUGCUACUACUGCAAUGUAUAGAAAUCAGUUCUGCAUUUGGAGUUUCCCCAGCAACGCAAACAGCAGGAAGGUGGAAGCUUCUUUUGAAUAACACUGGCGUGGUGGCUAUGCACAUGGCUUUAACCCACCACAACACCGUUGUUAUAUUCGAUCAAACUAGUGCUGGCCCGUCUGGAUAUCGACUCCGACGACGAUCUGGGGGGAAAAGGUGUACGACAUCCCAUUCUGACAUGAUAGACCCCAACUGCUAUGCGCAUUCUGUGGAGUAUGACAUUUCAACGAAUCAAGUUAGAGCUCUCCAACUUUCUUCCGAUACCUGGUGCUCCUCUGGUUCCUUCCUGAGCAAUGGAACGUUGUUACAAACAGGUGGUUAUGGUAGCGGGUCGCGAAGAAUCCGCAAGUUCAGACCUUGUAAAGACCAUAGUUGCGAUUGGAGUGAAGCCAAGUCAUUGCUAUCAAAUGAUCGUUGGUAUGCUACGAAUCAAGUCCUUCCCGAGCAUGAUCGGUUAAUCGUGGUGGGUGGUAAGAGGACAUUCACUUAUGAAUUCGUUCCAAAAAUGGGGAAAGAGAAGUCCUAUGAUCUGCCAUUCUUGCACCAAACUUUUAACAAUCAGGAGGGAGGAAACAACCUCUAUCCAUUUGUUCAUCUCUCCUCUGAUGGGAAUUUGUUCAUUUUCGCCAACAGAGACUCAAUUCUGUUCAAUUACAGACGAAACAGAGUGGUGAAGACAUAUCCUCGAAUACCUGGUGGGGGAGCGCGGAAUUACCCCAGCACUGGCUCAUCAGUGAUCCUCCCAUUGGAUCACAGAAACAGGUUUCAAGAGGUCGAAAUCAUGGUUUGUGGGGGCUCUGCUACCGGAGCUUACAGGGCAGCACGACGUGGGGAGUUCAUGAAAGGUCUGCGAUCAUGCGGAAGAAUGGUGAUAACUGGUAACACACAUAAAUGGAAAAUGGAAGACAUGCCAGAAUCUCGGCUUUUACACGAUAUGCUGAUCCUUCCUACGGGCAAUAUCUUGAUCAUUAAUGGCGCUAAAACUGGUUGUGCAGGAUGGGGCAAUGCGAGAAACGCUUCCCUUCAACCCUACCUCUACGAACCUAAAAACCAACCAAACAGAAGAUUCUCAGUCCUGAAAUCCACCAAAAUAGCAAGAAUGUACCACUCGUCAGCGAUUGUUCUUACUGAUGGAAGAAUCCUAAUUGCAGGUGGGAAUCCCCAACGAAAUUACACAUUCGAGAACGUACCUUACCCAACAGAACUCAGAUUACAAGCAUAUCAUCCACACUACAUUGAGUCAAAAUACGAUGAUCAGAGGCCAAGAAAUGUGACGAUAAACUAUGCUCGCGGUGAUUACGGCAUCAAAUACGGCGGAGAGUUCACCGUUCGAUUCAAAUUGGGGAGGAGGAGGGAAAAUGCUGUAGAAUUUAACGCUUACGCACCGCCAUUUGCGACCCACUCGUUUUCGAUGAAUCAAAGGUUGCUGAAACUAAGGAGCAAGAGGAUGGAGAGAGACGACAAUGGCGGAUGGGUGAGUGCCGUUGUGGAAGCUCCACCGUCGCCAAAUGUUGCACCGGCCGGUUAUUACUUGCUCACGGUCGUUAAUGGAGGAAUUCCCAGCGUUUCACGGUGGAUAAGAUUCAUAAAUUCCUGAUUCAACUCAGUUUCGUUAUUAAAUG